AUGAUUCUGCUCAACUACCGUCGUUGCCAGAACAGUCCGAUAAGACUCUCUCAGUUUUUUCACCGCUACCAUUAUCAGUGUGAUAGUCAAAGUUAUCAGAAGCAGCAACAUCGACAGAUGAGGAAUUAUCAUGGCCAGCGUCGCCUACCGUACAAUUUUAUGCAUUGUACUUAUUGUUUACUGUACUGCAAUGGUUUCCUGGAUCUGCAGGAAUAUUCGAAACAGCAGGAAAGAAAACAUCGUCGAAAAAUCGUCCUACCAUGCGUGAUACCAUGGGAAUAUGGCUCGAACAAAUAUGCUAGCCAGAAAGGCACUGCUGGCUUUGGUACCAUCCGAAAUGCUAGUGAGUUUAAUUUUUUGGACAAAUUUUUUGGACCUUUUUUAGCAACGACAGUCAAAAGCAGUCGACAGCUUAGCGACAGUAACGACGGUGUGGUGCCGUGGAUGAAUUGUCCUCCGCUGCACGACAAGGAGCUCGCUUCUCAAGCGGGCCUCACACCAUUCGGUGGAAUUCGAGAACAUGCCAUCAAAGUACAGGACAGGGAAGGUGAAAAGAAAAAAGAUAUCAACAAACUUGUUGGCGAUCAAGCCUCAGAGGGUAUCCUGAAGAUUUGGUCGCUACCUAAUCCAGAUGCCAAAAACAACCAGCCAUUUGGAAAACAUCGUGACGCUAUUACCGAAGUGAAAGGCGGGCGGCAGUUUAGUGAGAAGGAGCUGAAUGCAAGUCGAGCAGCCAUACCGAAAUUCCAGGAUCCACGUCAAACUAUUGCUGCCAGAACAGAAACUGCCAAUCGUGUAAAUUUAUUGCUGUUUUUACACAAACAGUUCGCACAUACUGGAUCUGUCAACUGUCGGCAAGCAGUAAAAAAAACUGAAGGAGAAGGCAGGGACGAGCAGGAGGUGCUUGACCCGAACCGAUAUAUGGCUUGGAUCGGUGGUCAGGUCUGCGCUUUCUCCUAGCA